AUGUCAACUGCCAUAGCUCCUCAACCAGCCCAUGCAAGGGAAAUUGAAAUUCAGUAUGAAGAGGUUGCUGUAUCCAGCAAUUUAACCAGAAAAGAUACGCUCAAUAAAGAAGUUGAAAGCCCAGAGACAGUUCCACCGCUCUCCCCAUCAUCAUCACCCUUUCCAUCUCCAAGCAAUUCCUCGAGCUCCCCGUCCUAUUCUAUAACUGCAUUGCCUCCAUCACACCUUCUAUCCUCUACAUUAUCACCAUCAUCAUCGGUCAUUAGUCCAUUGACGGAUACGGCGCAAGACUUAAGUGGUGAUGAUAUCGAGCGACUUGUGAUUCAGAAGCAGCAUCAGAUGGCAUAUAUUCAGAAACAGCAACAUCUGCAACAAGAACAGCAGAGGCAGCUCUUUUUUCAUAAUCAUCGAGGAAAUUGUUUAAAACCACUAGUGCAGCGACAGUGGUCCCGUAGAUCGCAGCAGUAUGAAGGCCUAGAGGCUCGAGAUGCGCUAGAUAACCAUAGCGGAGCUAUACCCAAGCAAGACUGUGGGCAGAGUAUAUCAAAAAAAUAUGGGCAUGGACGCAAUCAUGAACUGGACUACAAGCAUGAACAAAACACUCGGGCCAUUGGAGAUACCUCAACCUCCAACUAUAGCUCAAGAGGGCCAUCUAGCUUUGAUCUCGUCGAUGAUGUCUGGAGGAUGGUCUUUUACGUUCUAGCUGGAGAUUGCAAGGACCUUGGGCGACUCAUGGUCGUGAAUAAGCGAUUUUACAGUCUCAUUGCGAAUGACGCUGUGCUGUGGAAAUUGACCUAUAAGCUCACAGUUUCAGGAUCAAUCUUUGCCAAUCAAAAGCUUUUGCUCUCACCCACUUGGUUCCGAGAAGAAUAUUAUUCAUAUUGGCGUCAGCAAGAGGUAGAAGACACUGAUCAAUACAGAAGCGAGAAUAAGAUCCUUGACUCAGGGACAAGAGGCUCAUUACCUAUGACCCCAGGCUUGCAGUUGCCAUCACCACUCGUGUUGCCACAUCAUCGAAAGAUUAUCCAGACAAUCACCACUACAGCUUCUGCUUUCAUUAACUCUGGCGCCGCUUCCACUGCCAGUUAUCCUGAUGCAUUGGAUGCCCAGACGUGCUCAAUACCAGGAUCAUCAUCAGUUUCUUCUUCUUCCUAUCGCUGUCAGGAGAUGGUUGCGAGCUCAGUGCAAACACCAGCCUCGAUAACUGCGCUCCCUUCAGCCCCACCAUUCCAGCCUAAUUUACUACCAUCGGUCUCUCAAGCAAUAUCGCCCUCGAGUAUCCCAUUAUCUGCAAUUCAACAUCACAUUCCAAGUACAACGUUGAUGCAUCACUCUCCCGCUGUGUAUUGGAAGCAUCAAGUGGUGGAUUGGCUUGAGCAAGAAAAACUGCGGUGUCUCCGGUUAGGGUUAUUCUGGGGAUUCAAAACUGCAACAUUGCGGGCUCAUCGUGGUAAAGAUGUACUACGUUAUUAA